GCAACUUUUCAAUAAAAAAAAUAGUUUUAUAUUACCUGCACAAAGCAGUUUAUGCAGUUCUUAUUUACUACGUUUUAUGUUUAGUUUUGUGGCCUGGAGUGUUUGUUGUGCGGUAGUUUCUAAAUUAACACGAUGUUAACGUUCGUUCCACGGCCAAAGUUCACCAAACUCAACCCAGGAUGUCCCGAUAAAUCCAGCUUUUUACCGUCUCUCAAGCGCGAUGUGUUCCGAAACCACAUUCAAACUGUGAUUACAGUUUUACACAAUCUAGCUAGCUAUGGGGAAGCGGACAAGAAACGGUUCACUGUCCCAUCAUCGCAAGCGAUAUUUACCGAUGACGCAAAUAAAAAUCUUGGCAUAUGUAUGCCAGGAUUCUCAGGCAUACCCCCGAUUGAGCCGACGGAUGUCGAAAAGGUCAUCGCCGUGGUCAGCGAUAUGGAAACGGAGUAUCUUCGUCUGAUACAUCAGUUCGAAUUAAUCCAUUUUCGUCGAAUUAAAUAUUAUGAACAACACCCCAGAAUGGUGUUUUUAUUCCGGCGAAAUUUUGCCAGAAAAGUUACCAAAUGCCGAGCGGAAGGAUUACGAAAGCUAAAAGGAGUAUUUAAUCAAACCAAAGAGAUCCAUCAGCGCUUAUUUGAGCGGAAACGACACUUGACGAAGCUGCGCACAGAUAACUGCAGAAUUCAAGGACUGGUCGAAUCUGUGGCGAAAGAAACGGCGGCCAUUACGAACCAAGUGCUUAUGUAUUACAAUCGUCGUUCAGAAAACAAGAACGCCAUAACGAAUGCAAUUGAAAGUGUUAGAGCCACAGAAGAGCGAAUAAUCAACAUCGAAAUAAAUAAUGCUCUGGAAAUUGAAGACUGGGACGAAGAAAACUACGGUUUGCAAUGGAAAGGUUACGAAAAAGAUAUUUCACACGCUGAAGAACGGAAUAAUUCAUUAAUGCAUGCCGAAGCCAUCAACAACUAUCAAGCGGAAGAACAAAUUUACAGUGGUCAAAUCACAGAAACAUUUCAGGAAAUCGAGACGCUGCGCAGCCAAUACGAGCAGAGCCUCAGCACACUGCGAGCACACCGGGAGGUUAACGACGCCACCGAAAAGACACUGAACAACGUCGGAGCCGACCACGACGAACUGACCUUUACCAAAACUGACAUCGAACAUUGGUCAGCGCAAAUGUACCAUCCGCACGUAGAAAUUCCCGUCGUCAACGCGGGCUCCAUUCCGCAGACGACGGCAGACUGGGAACUGGAGCAGGAGGAAAUGGCGGAAUUUGCGCGGGAAGGGGAAAACAAAAUCAUCACCGAUAUUCCGCAGUUGUUUCAGGCCGCGGCGGGUGUUACCGGGCAAACCGGCGAGAAUGGGCAAAUUGUGGGUGGGCUGACUGCAGAAUGGGAUGAACUGAUCGAUUCUUUGCAGGCCGACGCGGACCUGGAGAACAAAAUGAAAAUGAUUGUGGAAGAAGAAGAACGCUUGCACAAGGAAAUGCAAAAGAAAAAGCGUAGUUCAGCGGCGAAAUCUAAAAAAGUGGAACGCUUCAAGAAAUUGGCCGGUCAGCUGCAGGACGAAACUCGCUCCAUCCAGCAAAAUUGUGAUGCUGUACAUAACAAAAUCAGUGACUGUGUGGAUGACCAGCAGACUGUAAUCGAAGAAACGACAACCCAGAUAGAUCAAAUGAUGACUGCAAUUUUGGAUGAAAAUGAGCAUCUGAAAGAGCUUCAGGAACAAUUCUCCACCACCGAAGCUGCGCUGCUUGAGUUUUCCCGAACAACAACGAUGAGAACCGAAGAUUUACAGGAUGAGGCGGCUAACAAUAAAGACGAAGAAAUCGUGAUAGUUGAUCAAAUCGAAACGGAUGGCCACCGCAUAAAACUGCUUGAAGCGGAAAUUGAGUACGGAAAAGCAGUUCGCCUACAACAGAAUGCUCUGCGUGAAGAAAUCGCUGCAGAAUGCGGAGAAUUAAGCGAACGCAUGCAUAAUACUGAUGCACAUUUUUCUGAGGUAACCCGAAUCCUGGACGACGAAGAUGAUAUCUUCGAUGCGCUUUACCGACACACUUCCGCUCAACUGGGCGAAAUAGCUAUCAUCUGUCAAGCGGCGCGUGCAAGUGUUAGUCAUGCGCAGAUCGUGCUCGAACAAUGGAAGCAGCAUACAGCAGCUGCUGUCGCGCUCGUUGAGGAAGCCAGAAAGAAUUUUCAAACGGUCUCCACCAAGGCGGCGACUUUCGGAAAGUAUUUUGAGGAGGACCUGGAAGACUUCCGUAAAUCCGUACUAGCCUACAAAAUUCUUAGUCGAAUCUGUCGUGACUAUUCCGCCUACGCCCAGCAUCAAACAGAGCCAGUUCUGGAAGCAGUGGAUGAACUGACAGAAGCUAUCGAAAAAGUCGUGCGCGAACGACCUCAAGUCAAAGCAGACAUUUUAGCGAAAAAAGAAAGCUGUCGGAAGCACAUAGAGAGAAUGAUCAAUUCCGGUCCGGCAGGGGAAUAUGCGUACAAGACUUGCACCACAUUCCUGAACGAAGCAUACACAACUUUGAAAGAUUUAUUGGUGGCUCUUUCCACCACCGCCCAGUAUUCGACCUUCACUACGGUGCAGUGCCAAAAACUGUACGAUAUUGCGGAGCAGUUUGCCUGCUAUUUACUCCGAAAACAGCCGGCUUUUGACAUGGAUCUUUUACCUCCAGUGGAAUAUGACAGAGGGGAUACCAACAUGCACAGUACCAACUAUAAAACCCAUCUACUAUCGAAAAUAAACAAAUCAUAGCCCAUAACUGAAGAAACAUUCCCUGUCUGAAAACAGAUGACCAAACCAAAGUUUCCGAAAAGAUUGUGGUCAAUAAGGAUCAUCCACUCAUGUUAGCACACUAAACUAGAAAUCUAUCACACAGAAAGCUACAAGAAAUAUUAAAGGUCCAAAAGCAAAAGUCU